AUGGGUACAGCAGGUUUGAGCACACUUUACGCUGGUGUGCAACUUUACAAGCGCCGUAAAAUUAAAGACAGAGCCCUCAGUCGUGCGGAGAAGACAAGACAAAACCUUGAAAGUUUGAAGAAAAAACUACUUCUAUUAAAGGAGCAAGAGGAAAUAACUCAACUGAGUUUUUCUCAGCUGUUCCAAAAAUUACAAACUGGACAACUGAAAGUGCUUGAUGUUUUACAUUCAUAUCAAAUUAAAGCCAUAACAGAAAACGAAAGAAUAAAUGCAAUCACAGAUAUCAUUCAAUUAUCUGAAUCCAUUGCUGAAAAGCUUGACACCUAUAGUAAUACCAGUACCUAUGUAAAGCCUUUGCUUUAUGGGAUACCAAUCAGUGUAAAAGAAUCUUGUGGAUUAGAAGGUGAAGAUUGCACAGCUGGUUUUAGUGCACUUGUUGAUAAGGCUAAAGUGGAGGACUCAGUUCUUAUAAAGGUGCUAAAACUCCAAGGUGCUAUUCCAUUUAUUCGAACAAAUUUGCCACAAGGAAUGAGAAGUUUCUCUUGUACAAACCCCGUCUAUGGUGAAACGAGAAACCCGCUCAGCACCUCAAGAUCUCCUGGAGGGUCAUCUGGGGGUGAAGGGGCUAUCAUAGGUGCUGGAGGUUCUGUGUUGGGUGUUGGAAGUGAUAUAGGUGGAAGCAUUCGUAUUCCUGCCAGCUUCUGUGGAGUCUGCGCUCUCAAACCCACCUCUGGCAGGUUGAGCUCUGUGGGUAACUUUGGUACAACAACCAUUGGUGGACAACAAUUAAUUAGAGGAACAGAUGGGCCGAUGGGAAGAGAUGUAACUUCAUUGGUGCAUUUUAUGAAGAGUGUUUUAGGAAAGGAAAUGUUUACUUUAGAUCCUACAGUUCCACCUAUUCCAUUUAACGAUAAGGUGUUUGAGAGUAAAGAGCCUCUCCGUAUAGGAUAUUAUGUCUAUGAUGGAUGUACACACUGUGUUCCUGCUGUAGAGAGAGCUGUUUUGAUAGCAAAAACAGUGCUACACAAUUUAGGGCAUACAUUGAUAGAAAUCCAACCAUACAAGCCAUUCUAUGCGUUCAGUGAGCUGUUUGUUCCAGCCCUAUUUGGGGAUGAUUGUGAAAGCUAUAGAGAUUUACUAGCCCAUGAGAGCCCUGGUCAAGAGAUGCACACAAUUUAUCAGCUCUGCCAACUGCCCUAUUUUGUGCGCUGGACUAUGUCUAAAUUAAAGGAAUUUACAAGCUUUGAUCCCAUGAAUGAAUGUGUGGUAAAAAGAAGACCGAUAAGAUCAUUAACAGACUGGUUUAGGAAAACUGUUGAAUGCAAGACUUACCAACUUGAAUUUAACACUGAAUGGAUAAAACAAAAAGUGGAUGCAGUUAUCUGCCCCUGCAUGCCAUGUGUGGCACCCCAGAUUGGAAUAGAGAAAGAUCUUUUUGGUAGGCUGAACUCAAGUAUAUCAGUGAUUUUUCUAGAGCAACAUCCUUUUAGAACCCUGAGCUACACAUCCUUGUACAAUGUGGUCAACUACCCAGCAGGAACUCUCCCAGUAACAAAGGUCACAGCUAGUGAUGUAGCCAAAACUAUGAGCUCUACAUUUUAUAAACCAGAAACUAACAUUGAGAAGUUGAUUCAGGAGGAUUCUGAUGGAACCGAAGGUUUGCCUGUUGGCAUACAAAUAGUGGCACGUCCAUAUCAAGAGGAAGUUGUAUUACGUGUAAUGUUGGAUUUGGAAACGGCUCUUAGGAUGCAUUAA